AGUAAGUAGGCACCAACUUAAACAGAGCGUACAGUCUUACGAUAGUUAAGCUGCUAAGCAAAAAAGGACGCGUUGGUGUGUGUGUGCGUGUGCGUGCGUGUGAGUGCGCGCAUUUCUUCAAUUUUCUAUGGUGUUUCUUUUAAUUUUCAACUAAUUUAGGUUAUAAAAUUGUUGGCAAUUGUCUCUUUUUUGAACUUCUGAACUUAAUGAUAACAGAAAUUUGCGCGUAUUUUAAAAUGUAUCAACUGUAGUCUUUGUUAAAAUUUAGAUUUUCUGUUUCUAUGUAAAAACUAAUUACGUGAUCUUUUAUAAUGAGUCAAGAGGUAGAUGAACCAAUAGUGACAAAAAUAGAAGAAUCAGAAACAGAUGGGGCGGCCACUAAAGAAGAAUUGUCAAAUGUGGAUGUCUUAGUAUGUGGUUUAUGUCAUGUUGGAUUUCAUUUUGUUGAAGAAUUCCAAGAACAUAAAAAUGGAGGAACAUGUAAAAAAGUUUCAGCUUUUCGUGACCAAAACACUUCAGAUAACAAACCACAAAUCCUUGGAUUUUUACUGUGGAAAAACUCCCAAACAAAACUUAUAGCUGAAAACCAAGAAGCUUACCAAGUUUAUCAAAUGUGGAGUAUGUUGCCUGAUUCUGUAAAAAAUUGUUGGAUUCAAGCUGGUAAAACAAUAAAUACCUAUGUUGAAUUAUCUAAAAAUAUUCCAAACAAAGUUAUUAAAUUAGGUCAAAAUGCAAUUUCACCAAAUGGAAGCUUAAUUGAAGAAACACAACCAAUAAUUAUGAAGCCAAGUGGAGAGUUUCCUUCUGGUCAAGAGUUUGUUGUUGAAAGGGUAGUAGCUCGUCGUUUUAAUCAAAAAAAAAGACAGUUUGAAUAUUUAUUGAAAUGGGAAGGUUACCCUCCAGAACAAAAUACUUGGGAACCUUCUGAUAAUAUGUCAGCUUGUGCACAUCUUAUAAAACAAUAUGAAGACUCAUUAAUAAAAAAUGGAACACCACUAACCCCAGGAAAGAGACCAGGUCCUGGACGUCCUAGAAAAAUUGAGCAGAUUCAAAAUAUUGGUAUUGUUAAGCCUAAAGUUUCUCCUCAAAUUCAAGUUGAUCAAAUUGGAUUAGGAGGGAGACCUGUUCGUAGUAGUAAACAAAAAGCUAUGGAUCAAGUAAAAUAUUGGUGUGGUACCAUGAAAGCUAGUGAAGAAAUCUCAACAGAUAAUAAAACCCAACAAAAUGUAUUAAAACGAGAUUAUGUAAUGCUUGAUGAUGAUGCAGAAGAUGAAGAUACCCCUGUUUUAAAGAAGAAAUAUUUCCAUCAAGAAUCUGAAGAUGAUGAAUGGGAUGAUCCAUCAUUACACAAUAAAUCCAAUGCUUCUGUCAGUGAAGGUGAAGAAAGUAGUAUAAACACAGGAAAAGUAAUAGCUAGAAGUCAAUUAACUAUGGAAGAACGUAUAAAGUAUAAUGUAUCUAGAAGUAUUACACGGCCAUCAAUAUUUCCUGUUUUGAAACGUGAAGAACGUGUUAAAAAUAUUAAAACACAUUUAUCUCAAUUUAAUAACAUACAUCGAAAUUCUGAUGUUGGUCUUCUACAAAUUUCACCUCAUUUAACUCAAGUUACUUUAGCAGCUAUGAAAGGUUUUGUUAAAUUGGAGACUAAUCAAGUACCCCAAUCAGGUAUUUAUUUAUUUUCUGGCGUUGAUGGAUUUACUCGCUUAAAUGAUAGUGAUAAAACUCAAAGCAUGAUGAUGAUGAUGAAACAUAGAGAUGAGCCUAAAAAAGGUAAAGUAGUUUAUACUGAAGGAGCCCAGGCUCUUCAACCUCCAAAAAGAACUUUAGAUUUGGCAAAAGCAAGGGAAUCUGUUCAUCAAUCAUCUCCAUUAAUGAAAUCUUAUGCUAAAAAAUCAUUUACUCCUGCUACAAAAAUCCAAGCUGCUGUAAAGCCUCGGCCAUUUUUACAUAAAGUAGCUGCUGCUAAUCCGGAAUUUGAGAAAUCAUUACUUCAGAAACAUCAAAGUCAAAGUAGUCCUGGGUUGAAAUCCCAAAACAAUUUGUCAUUCGUUCCUAGAAGAACUCUAAAUAAUAGGGUUCAACAAGGUGCUUAUGCUUAUAACACCCCAGAGCAGUUAGAAUUUUGGGAAGACACGGCAUCCGACCCUGAUGACGGUGGCCUGUCAGACCAUUUCCCAUCUGAAGAAAUAACUAUUCCACCUAGUAGCCCAAAUAGACCAUUAACGCUUUGUCCAACAACUGGAAAAAGACUAAUGAAAGCUGAAGGAGAAAAAACACCUGAACCAACUCCACCAUCAAGUCCAAAAUCAUUGAUAAAUGUAGAAGAACAGAUAAAUAAACAAAAUUUAAAUACAAAUUUACCAACUCUUAUAAAAUUGGAACCCAAUUCUAACACUAUUGGAAACCAAAGCUCUAUUCUAUCUACAAGUGAACCUGACAAGGUUAAUAUAAAUCGCACCCCAACAAGACAAAGUUUUGUUAAUUACAAAGACAUUCCAGCUGCUUCCAAUUCAGGUUUACGUAUGAAAAAAACAAAUACAAAACCUAAUAAUGCUAACAAAUCACUUCAUGUAAGUUCUGGUGUUUCAAAAACACAUAGCUCAUUAAAUGUUCCAGCACGAAAAAUACAACAAAAGCAGCAAGAAACACAAGCAAAUCAACAGUUUUCUGGACAGCAAGCCAUUCUUACUGAUGAAUCUGGACGCUUGAUUUUAUCAGCUGAUGAUGCCGAUAGUAUGAUCACUAUUACUGGUGAUGAUGGCAUGCUGUAUCAAGUUUCUGCUGCACAGUUGGCUGCUAGUGGUGGAACUGUUUUAUUGACUAGCAAUGGAGAGUCAGAUGGACAACAAUGUGUAUUUCUUACAGAAGAUGGAAAUGGUAUGAUUCAGGCUGGCAAUACAAAUCAAGAAGGAAUGAUUGCUUUAGAUGACUAUGGUAAUUCUGUUGGACAAAUAAUGCCACAACAGAUUGACCUAGGAAAUUUAGUAACUGAUGAAGCAGGAAAUAUGUACAUGAAAGAUAAUGAAACUGGCCAAUAUGUCCCUGUAUCAGCUACAGAACAGGGUGGUCAAGUAGUAAUACAACCUAGUGAAAAUUUCGCACAAGAACCUCAAUUAGUUCAAGAAGACCAAGAUCAAUUGGUUGCACAAAUAGUUGAUGCUGGUGAACCCGCACCUGGAGGAGGACCACGUAGAGUUGUUUUACAAUUACCGGAUGGUAAUUUAAUGGUUACAGAAAUGGAUGAAGAACAGUUUGCUGCUCUAGAGAUGGAUAAAUAAUGUAUAAAAAGAACAUACUAACUUUUUUAUUUUUAAACAUAAAAAAAAAUUACUACUUUUUGGAAAAUAUUCUAAUUGUGUAGAAUAACAUGUGAAAACAUAUUGUUAUAUAUUUAUUUUAUUAAAGUAAUGAAUACUUUAAUUUGUAAUAAAAUAAGAUAUUAUAUUUAAGAAUAACAAAAAAUCUUUUGUGUGUGACUGAUUCUAUUAAACAAAACAAAUAGUUUUGUUAAA